GUCAGUGUUCCUACCUAACCUAAUUCUGCAUGCAAAGAUUUUUUAUAGUCAAUUUUAAUUUUACUUCCUAAGUAGUUUAAGUUUUAAUUAAGAUAAAAACAGUGAGUUUUUAAGUUUGCAUUUUUCAUCAAGUAAACCUACCUAGUAUACCUGUGAUUGUUUAAAAUAUUAAAUCUAAAAAUGUGCAAGUUUGAAGUAAAACAUCUCAUGUCUAUGUUAAAAGAUACAAAAGCCUUUGAGCAAUGUUUGAAGACCUUGAAUAUCGUAUCCAUGGAACAUGGCAAGUGCAUCGCAGAAAUGAAAGUCCUAGAGGAACACACGAAUCCCUUGGGAACAUUACAUGGGGGACUCUCAGCUACUCUAGUGGAUAGUGUUUCUAGUUAUGGUCUAUUUACACAUGAGAAAGGGGCCGUUAAAAGCGUUUCUGUUAACAUAAAUGUGUCCUACAUGGGUGGUGCAAAAUUGGGUGAGGAGAUAGUCAUUGAAUCCAAUACUCUCAGAGUAGGGAAAACUCUUGCUUUCUGUGAAGUUCUGAUAAAAAAUAAGGCAAAUGGAAACGUUUUAGUAAAAGGUGAACAUACCAAGUACUUAAUGAGGUAAAUUAUUGAUUGUAUGUGUAGAAAAAUUUGUAGAUAUGUUUUUGUUAUUAAUUUAUUUAAGUACUCAAUUGUUACAUUAAAGUGUUAAAAUACU